UGCAGUGGUCUCACCCAUCAAGGUCAGUAAGGUCAAACCAAGAUGGCGACCACCAGGAAGAAAAACGACGAUCGGCUGUUCAGCGCGAUGCUCUCGUCCCUCGCCAACGUCAUUCUCGUCGAUCCCCACAAGCGAAUCGUGGUCUACUGGUUCGUGCUUAUCCCUCUGUCCAUCCUUCAUGAUCUCAUCCCCCUUCCCGAGUCGUAUUUCUCCUACAAGGGCAACGUUCUCAACCAGUACUUCGUGAAACUCUCGUGGGCCUGGACUUUGCUCGUGACUACGCUGUUCGUAUCGUUGACAAGUUACGUGUACACACUGACUGACACGUCAGCGGUCCUGAAGCACCUGUCACGGCUCCUGGUGGGAACGACCAUCUGGUUCGUCUUCACGUCUGUUUUUGACACCGUUCUACAUUACACAGGGAGUUGUACCGACGCGGAGUACACCGACAAGCGAGCGUGUGUGAAAGCUGGCUUCGCCUGGGAUGGUUUCGACAUCUCCGGCCACGCCUUCCUUCUCAGCUACUGCGCCCUGCUCAUCACCUCGGAGCUGUCCGUCUUAAAGACGUGGGACACAAUCCAAGAAACCCUCGAAGAAGAGGCGAACAACGAAGAACGCUCGAAAAAGAAGAAAGGUAAUAAAAGGAAAAUCGAGAAGCCAGACGAACGCGAAACCAGUCUGGAGUGGUUCUAUCGUCUAACCCCGGCCAUCUCUGUACUGUUCGGAGUCCUGUGCUCGCUCACCCUUCUGUGGGAGUUUAUGCUGAUGACCACGGCGAUCUACUUCCACACCAUCAGCCACAAGUUGAUAGGCCUGGCCUGUGGGACGCUCUCCUGGUAUUACACCUACGGCAGGUGGUACAAGCACGCCUUUCCGGGCCUACCAGGGGAGGGCCCGCUACAGAAGGGGGGAAAACGCGACAGGCAUAUAUUGUAACACACGAUGUAGUGAAGAAAUUGGCUAUAUUUUAGGAUUACAAAAUGAUACGUAAUAAUUUGGUGAAGUACAUUGUACUGUGUGUAAAUGAACUGUUUGAUUUUGUUGUGGUUUGAUUUAGCAAAUACCACUAUCUAUUUUCUGAAUUAUUUAUUGUUUUAGUGUACAGCCUUCAAUUUCCAGUCUAGUAGAUCUCGCCCUUUUAAUGUACGAAAUUUGAGUGAAGUAUGCUUUAAUUUGUGUGUACUUAGUCUUAUCCCCAUUGACUUAGUGAUGUCAAUGCAUUUCUAGUGAAAUAGGAGCAAGUAAACCUCACCACUUCCCUCCCUCCUACUAGUCCAAAGGGAGCGGCUCUUAAACCCCCCGAGAGUUUUGUGUUACGUAUAAUAUGAUAUACAAAUGAGCGAUGGACAAACGAUGGACGUUAAUCUUUCACUUCGAAAAUCCAACAUGCUUGAAAUGGAAUGGCCUUAGAUGGGCUUAAGACAAAAAGAAAAUGCAAACAUUAGAACAUUGCAGCCCUGAUUGUUUUUACGAUAUGACUAUGUUAGCGUUCAGUUGUACAACUGUACAAACAUAUUUCCCUUGUACGCGCCCUCCUCCUGACCUGACUUGAUUCAGAUUAAUUGUUCAGAUUAACAGGAAGAACAUUGUGUGCACAGGACGCCCAUGCCUUCCUGUUCACACAAGGACUACCUUGUUUACCUCCUUGCUUUGGAAUGUAACUAAUUGCGUGGGCGUUGUCUAAACGCAUGGAAAACAGAUUUAGGUAAAGUAUUUCUUAAAAAUCUAGAACCUCUGUGCUACCUCUGUUGUUUGGUGGAUUGUUGAAUGUUUUGUUUGGGCGUGGUUGAUAGCUGGGGACUGUUUCGUAGCUCAGUAGUAUUGAUCUAGGUAUAUAGUUUAAUUGUUUAUUGUUGGCGUACACAGUUUGUUCAGCGCUACUGCAGAACCUAUUCCUACUGGUAAGGUUUGUAAUGAAGAAUUAUGGCUUUGAUUAACUGAUUAAUAAAACUUUUUUUUGUAUGAU